AUGUCGGACUACGUUCCGCUGGCAGCCCAGGCGCGGGUGAACCUGACCGGUGACGCCACAACGCCGGCCGGCGUCCGCCCCACCACCAUUCCGGCAACGACGCUGCGUCUGAUUUACGAUCUAGAUGCGUUGGCUAAAAUUCCCGUCGACCAUGACAUUCCGCCGCCACCUGUAGGCGACCCCCAAAAGCGACGUCCUAGCCAGCCGGAGGAGGACUCUUCGUCUAGCGAUGAGGAGGAGGAACCCCAGCCCGGCCCGGGACCUAGACGCCAACGUCGGCCGCUCACUCGAGCCGAGAGGGAUCGAAGAGAGAUAGAGGAGGCGUUGGCCGAGGACGAACUCGAGGAUAGGCUGCACGCGAGCAUCCCACGAGGAGAGUUUACUGCGGCUGAGUUUGUGGUCGAGGAUCUGAAGAACAGCGACAUCGAAGUGUUGAUAGCCAAUGCCCUUCGCCACACGGAGAAGCUCGAGGAAGGGUCGUCGCUGCGGCAGUACAUAUCGUGGAUACUAGACUACAAGCGGUGGGCGGUGGAUGCUCUUCCGUCAGAAGGUGACGACCUGGAGCCGGGGUCCAUACUCACUGACAAGGACGAAAUCGGCAAGCACAUCGGCGAUGAUUUGGGCGAACGUUGGUACACCGCCCCGCGCCGGUUCAUCUGGAGCGAAGAGGGCAACACCGCCAUGCGCACGCAGCCGAUCAAGCCUUGCACGGUCAACAUGCUACUCGGCCGCAUCAAGGCCCUUCAGAUGGCGGCCAAGGUAGAGGCGACCCUGUACAAGGAGAAGGAGCUGCACAUCAUGCAGGACAUCUCGGUCGUCCGCACGGAAGUGCGCGUCAUGGUUCGCGGAAAGAACAAAGCCGACACCAAGUAA